AUGCAAUUCUCGGCGGUAGCACUGCUCCUGUGGGCGGCUUCGCUGACCAGCGCCGGAAUCGUCAUUACGCCCAUCCGCGAUGACCAGGUAGUUCCAAAGACUUCCGGCGACUGUUUCUUUGGCGUCGUGACUCCUCAGGGUUGCGGACCCAAAAGACGUUAA